AUGCAUAGAAUCCCUGAAGAAGCUGCAUUACGACAAGGCACAAACAUAAACCAUGCAGAAAAUUCAAUAUCAAGUAGUGAAUUGUUGGAAGAAAUGCUAGAGCAGGGCGACAUUGAAUUUUUUCCAAAACUCCGUAAACGUGUGGAUAGAUUUAUUGAUGUUAUGAACCAUAAUACCACACAAAAUAAACUCAAGCAAUACCGAAAUGAUUUCGAGCGUCACUUAAACCAUAUUGAAGAAAGUUCCAGCGUUUUUGAUAUGAUGCAAAAGUUACGUAAGUUAAUCGAUGAUAUCAACGAUAUUGGUAUCAAUUCACCGUUGCAAUCACUACAACAAACUGGAUUUGAAAAUAUUAUGAGUGACGAUACGCUCAGCUUUUUGGAUAACGAUGAAUUAACUAUUGAACAGAGAGUGGAUCGAUUUUUUGUUGUAAGAGAACAGGAAAAUUCUCCAAAUGAAAUAACAGACCUGGCGUUCGAAAUAAUAUCAGAUAUUCGACAAGCUUUUGAACCAUUAAAAGAAAAAUUGGUUCCAAUAGAAAAGGCUAAAAAAACAUUUGACGGAAUUAACGAACACAAAAGCCAAACAGUGAGGGAUUGCAUCGUUGGAGCGACUUUAAUUGCCGCUGUAUCUUCAAUAGUCAUGAGUGGUGGUCUUCUGGCGCCCGUCGUCGGGAUGAUUGUUCCUGUCGUUAGUGGCGCUGUUGCUGGUGGCGCUACUGUUGGGGGUGCUAUUGUUGGCGGGGCUAAAAUUGUUGAUACUUUUUUUGAUAAUCAACUACGCCGCGGCCGUUUCGGCUGGUUCGAAGAUACCGCAAAAUAUUUAAUAAACUAUGUGAAGCGUAAUGAUGUAGACGACGAAGGCCUUCGACACUUCUUAGAAAGUGAAGAUCUAGAGAAAGAUUUACCACAUUUCAAAUUGUAUCUCAAUCAAUGGAUAAGAAACUUUGGCAUAAGUGGCUUUCGACAUGCCAUGAAUCCGGCCUACAAUCGAAUUUAUAGCACAAAUGGAAAUGACAAAGCUGAUGGCUUUAUUCCCACAUGGUUCUCAGGAAGUCUGAAUAGAGGUGGAGAACCAUAUUAUUGCCCGAUUGGAUGGCGACGGUAUGCUAUUGAUGUCGGUAUGACAGCAGCACAGUUUGAGCAAGAGUAUGGAAAAUGGCCAGUCGCCUAUCAUGGAACAAAGGGCGCAUUGGCGAUGUCAAUUCUAAUCAAUGGCCUCAAAGCAAGCGGUCAGGGAUGUUUUCUUCAAAAAAAAGAGGGUGCAGUUUAUCUCAGUCCAAGUAUCGAAUACAGUGGUCAUCCUCGUUAUGCAAAAAUUCUUUCAGUUAAAUCCAAAUAUGUUCAAAUGGUACUUCAAGUUCGGAUUGAUUCGCGACUGAUCGAGAAACAUCCAGGGACAUUGCGCGGGGCAAUGCCAUAUGAUAGAGAAAAGGCAGAUCCACAUUUUAGUAAUGAUGAACUUGAAUGGAUUAUUCGAUGGAAACCUGAAGAGAAUAUUAAAGCUCUGAAUGGUAUCUUGGUAUACGGGCUGAUGUUUCGUGUUACUGAUGAACAUCCAGGGCGAUUACCGCAAAAUCAAUGGUGGAAAAAAACACAACCUGAAUAUUGGGACUUCGAGUUGUGCUAG